GCGGGAGGUGACGGAGGGCGUGUGGCGCGGUAGUGGCAUCAUGCGUGAGAUCGUGCACAUCCAGGCCGGGCAGUGCGGCAACCAGAUCGGCGCCAAGUUCUGGGAGGUGAUCAGCGAUGAGCAUGGGAUUGACCCGACUGGCAGCUACCAUGGGGACAGCGACCUGCAGCUGGAGAGAAUCAACGUGUACUACAAUGAAGCUGCUGGUGAGUUGGUCUGCAUCCUCUGACAUCCUUAAAUUAAC